AUGGCAUCAGUACCCGGCAGAGAAAACGAGUUACUAUGGAAAUCGGAGCCCCAACCCGAAUCCAUCGUCUCCGUCACGCUCACACGCUCCAUCACUUCUCUUCUCUCCGCUCGUCCCACCAAACUCCACGACUCUAUUUCUCGACUCUCAUCACAUUCUCCUUCUCCAACCACAACCGCUUCUCUCCACGAUUCUCUACUGUUCUUCCACUCUUUCGCUACCGACGCCGCCAAUCACAACCGUUCACUCGAUCAACUCUUUGUUCCAAUUAUCCACAGCUCGUUGAAAUGUAAGGACUCAAAGCACGGUGGCCAAGCUAUGAUUCUCCUCAACUGGCUUUUUCAGGAUGAACUUAUUUUCGUACCUGUUGUUGAAUCCCUUGCUAGUAUCAUCACCAGAAACCAUGAUCGUUACUUGUUGUUUGGUUGGUGUCUCCUUCUUAGGAGCCUUGUAGAUUAUGAAAGUUCUGUUCAUCAAUCUAUGCUCGGUGGAAUAAGAGAUAGGUAUGUUGAUUUAUUGAAGAUACUCUCAACUUGCCUUCCUGAUUUGGCAGGAAUUGUGAGUAAAGAAAGCAUAUUGCAGGAUGGUUUUGAGUUGCCAUCUCGCCUUGGAGUAUCUGCCGCUGACUGCUUUUUGGCCAUUUCGGGGGCAUUGACAAAAGGGGCCAAGAUUAAAGAUAAGAAGUCAAAAAUUAAUACAAAAACAAAAGAUCAGGCAAUCACUUUCAUACAAUGUCCUACUGUUGACAAGAAGGUGAAAUCAGAUUCGAAAUCUUUGUUGAUGUCAAAGUUUGAAAAGGAUUACACUCUCUGGCAUCAUAUAGAUGACCUUAUUUGUUUGGUGCAAAGACUUCAUUCUUGGAGCAAAAAGAGUCGUUUUUUACAUGCCAAAGGCUUAGAGCAAGUUCUUAAAUGGCUGGAGGAGAUUAAGGAUCUCUAUGGGUCCUUUCAACCCGAGGCAGAUUCUAAUGCUUUCAAGACUGGGGAUUUACUACUCUCUUCUUGCUGGAAACAUUAUUACUUGCUAUUACACUUGGAAGAUCAGAAAUUUUCUCAGCAUCACAAGGAACUGUUGGACCAAUAUCUGUCUGGAAUCCAGUACUAUAUUGAUAAUCACGCUAGUGAAUCUGCCGACAACAAGGAUGGUGGGUUGGAGACUACAAAGUUUUUCUUGAAUUGUUUAUGCCUACUACUGGGGCGUCUAGACAGCAAGAGAUUUGAAAGCACAAUGUCAGAAAUUGGGAUGAAAAUCUCACGCAUUCUAGUACCACAGCUUAAGUGCACUGAUGAAGAUGUGAUAGUAGGGGUUGUUUCAAUAUUCAAGGCUAUCAUUUUGAAGCCAAAUCACUCACAGGAAGAGGCACUUGUCAAUAGUAGGCAGGCGAAUAUUGUGAUACCGAUUCUGCUUCACCUUCUAGAUGAGCAGGAUGGUACAUCUCGAGCUGUUGUUAUGCUGAUAGCAGAAUAUUGCUCAAUAAGCAAAGAUGAUAUGUGCCUCAUGGAAGUUCUGAAACGUCUUGCUUCUGAAAACAUUUCACAAAGAAGAAAUGCGAUGGAUGUUAUAGCAGAGAUCUUGCAUAUAUCAUCAGAGACAAGAAAAUCAUUGCCUUCUACUGCUUGGCAAGAAACUGCCAACACAUUGCUUGAGCGGCUUGGAGAUAAAGAUAUUGGCAUUCGUGAGCAGGCAUCUAAGUUGCUUCCAAUGAUAGACCCUUCAAUGUAUUUGCCUGCAUUGGUUCGCCUUGUAUACUCCCCUGAUGAGAAUCAAUCAUCUGCCAGUGAUGCUAUCAUUGGGGUGCUCAAAGGACACAACCAGAAUAUUGAAAUCAUAUUCUUACUUGUCGACUGUCUUAACAACAUCAGCCAGAGCCUAGAUCUUCCACAGUCAGCUGGAGAUAAAGAGUCAAAGUUAGAUACUGCCCGAGUACUAAAGCUGGUUCCAGAAUGGUCUAAAAGUGUUCAAGACUGGAGCAACUUAAUUGGACCGCUGAUUGACAAGAUGUUUGCAGAUCCAUCAAAUGCAGCUAUUGUCAAGUUAUUCAGCUAUAUAAGUGAUGACCUUGCAAUUGUUGUUGAUCUUGUAUUGCAUCAUGUUCUGUUGCAUGUUAGAGAACAAAAGGGGAUUGAUGAAAGUUUCUUAUCAAAAUGGGAGUGUAGAACCUACACCAGUGAUGAGUAUGAUGAAAUGCAGCGAACUCUAUUUGAUCAUCUUUGCCCGCUACUCAUUAUUAAGAUGCUUCCCAUGAAAACUUUUGAUGAUCUCAAUUCAUCUGUUAUGUAUGGACAUUUCAGUCAAAAUAAAAUGCAUGGCAGUAAGAGCCCAGAGCUUGAUCAUGAGUGUAUUGCUUCUUUCCUUCUUAGCAGGGCACUUUAUGAGUUUGAAUUUGAAGAUGUUCGGAAACUUUCUGCUGAGUUGUGUGGACGCAUUCAUCCACAAGUCUUACUCCCAAUUAUUUGCUCCAAAUUAGAGCUGUUUGUUGAUUCUAAGAAUGUACUGAAGAUAAAGGCCUGUUUAUUUUCAAUCUGCACAUCCCUGAUGGUCAGAGGCUGGGAGUCACUUUCUCAUCCUUUGAUGCAUACAAUUAAAAGGAUGGUAGAAACAGUGCUAUUAUGGCCUUGUCUGAAUGCUGAUUCAGUUUCUAAAGUACAACAUGGAUGCAUUGAUUGUCUAGCACUGAUGAUAUGUGUUGAACUACAAGCUGAGGAAUCUAUCACAGACUCCACAUCAGAUAGAAUUAGGGUUAUUGGAAAGAAAGCUGCAGGAGAUUCCAUUGUCACCCGUGUGAUGAAUCAGUUUUUUAUCGAUAGGAAGGAACAGACUUCUAAUCCUGAGUUUGGUGAGGAAAACUGUGAAUCUGUGGCUGCAGUUCCUCUCUCUUUUCGCUUGUGCAUGGGUAAUGUUCUUAUCAGUACUUGCCAGAAGAUUUCAGAAUCUUGCAAGAAGCAUUUUGCAGCCCAAGUCCUUCCUUUUCUCAUUGAUUCUCUCAAGUUUGAAUUAAAGUCGGAGAUUAGAGCAGCAUGCAUCCAGGUCCUAUUUUCAGCUGUCUAUCAUCUACGCUCUGCAGUUCUUCCCUAUGCAUAUGACCUUCUCAAAACCUCACUAAAAGCUCUGAGAAAGGAGUCGGGGAAGGAGAGGAUGGCUGGUGCAAAGCUUAUAGCCUCUCUUAUGGCCAGCGAAGAUGUGAUUUUGGAAAGCAUAUCAGUUGGAUUAUUAGAAGCUAGGUCUGUACUGUCAACGGUAUCUUCGUCAGAUCCUUCACCUGAGUUACGACAGCUAUGUAGCAAGUUGCUAGCAUGCAUAUCUUCUCCUUGA